CGCAGCAGUGGCCGGCAGGGUUCUCUUUCUCUUCGGCUCUGGCGGGGCUCGGAGGCCCUACAGCCAUGGAUGGACUCCGGACUAGUGCAGCGCUCUUGAGACGUGGGCGGCCGAGGCGCCGGCGCCAGCCCCAGUCACACAGCGGGUCGGUCCUGGCCCUGUCCUUAAGGCCCAGGAAGAUCCGAAGGCAGCUCAGAAGAAACGUGGCGUCCCGAAUGGCUGCGCUGAGAACCCAGACGCUCCCGAGCGAGGACUCGGAGGACUCGAGGGUAGAGUCGACCGCCGACAAUCUGGGGGACGCGCUGCCUGGAGGGGUGACGGCGACGGUCCCGGACGCGGCCCGGCGAGAGCCGUACGGCCCCUCGGGGCCUGCAGAGCUGCUGGAGGCCUUACCCGCCGCGCGCUCCCUGCAGACCCCGCCCGCACGCCUGGUGGAAGUGCCCGCAGCGCCGGCCCGCGCGGUGGAGACCUCGGCCCUGUUGUGCACUGCCCAGCACUUGGCGGGCGCCCCACCCUCCGGGACCGCUGCGACGCUGUCUGGGCCACAGGUGGAUAACGCGGGUGGCGAGCCGACCUGGGACUCCCCAUUGCACCGCGUCUUGGCGGAGCUGCACCGCAUCCACAGUAGCCGGCGGCGGGCGGCGCGCCUCCAAUGUUUACCUAACGCCCCCCAAUUCGCAGGGCUUCGCUCCUCACUAUGAUGACAUUGAGGCUUUCGUGCUGCAACUGGAAGGUAGGAAACUCUGGCGCGUCUACCGACCUCGGGUACCAGCUGAAGAACUGGCCCUAACAUCUAGCCCCAACUUCAGCCAGGACGACCUCGGUGAACCGGUGCUGCAGACUGUACUGGAACCUGGGGAUUUGCUCUAUUUUCCUCGGGGCUUCAUUCACCAAGCCGAAUGCCAAGAUGGAGUCCACUCUCUGCACCUCACCGUGUCCACAUACCAGCGCAAUACGUGGGGCGACUUCCUGGAGGCCAUACUGCCUCUGGCCGUGCAGGCUGCAAUGGAUGAAAAUGUGGAGUUUAGGAGGGGUCUGCCCCGAGAUUUCAUGGAUUACAUGGGUGCCCAGCAUUCGGAUUCUAAGGAUCCGCGAAGAACUGCUUUUAUGGAGAAGGUGCGAGUCUUGGUUGCCCGCCUGGGGCACUUUGCUCCAGUUGAUGCUGUGGCUGAUCAGAGAGCCAAAGACUUUAUCCAUGAUUCUCUGCCCCCUGUAUUGACUGAUAGGGAGAGGGCACUAAGUGUUUACGGUCUCCCAAUUCGCUGGGAGGCAGGAGAACCUGUAAACGUGGGGGCCCAGUUGACAACAGAAACAGAAGUCCAUAUGCUUCAGGAUGGGAUAGCCCGGCUGGUGGGUGAAGGAGGCCAUUUGUUUCUCUAUUACACUGUGGAAAACUCCCGUGUUUAUCAUCUGGAAGAGCCCAAGUGCUUGGAAAUAUACCCUCAGCAAGCUGAUGCCAUGGAACUCUUGCUUCGCUCCUACCCAGAGUUUGUGAGAGUAGGAGACCUGCCUUGUGACAGUGUGGAGGACCAGCUUUCUUUGGCAACCAUGUUGUAUGAUAAGGGGCUACUGCUCACCAAGAUGCCUUUAGCCCUAAACUAGUUUCCAGUUAAUUGCUGGAAAGAAGACAGUAGCGAUUCUUACCUCCUACCACCACCAGUUUUGUUGUUGAAAAACUUACAUUCUUACCUUGGUGACCAGUGAGCUCAAUUUACCUU